AUGUCCUCGCACACGUCAGAAGAAGACGGCAAACCGGGCGAUGCCUACAGGAAACCCCAUGGGACAGGCGACACGGUCGCCAACGAAGCCUGUACCGAGGGAGAUCGUGCUUGCACGGAUGAGGUGCCAGGUCGGAGAUGCCGGCCAUACCCCUCGAAGUACGAAUUGAUCUUCGCUCAGCUUGCAAUCAGAGAACAAAGUGACAAAGAGAAUGUGAAGAGAAGGGAGGAGAACAAGAAGAAGUUGGACGACGAUGUGAAGAUGAUGGAGGACAAGAACAAGGAGGCAGCUGAGGAGGACGAGGACGACUGGGAGAAGGUGAAGUAUUCAGAGGACGAGGAAGAUGAGGAGGAAACAGGCCGAUCGGGCGCAUGA